AUUAAUUUAAAAAAAGUUUAUGUGAAAAUUUUAAAAAUGGGCAAGCCAACAAAAGUUGUAGUUUGUGGUAUGAAAGGUGUAGGAAAAACAGCGAUGAUAGAGCAAUUAAUUUAUGGGAAUGUCAGUUCUAAAACUGAAAUACAUCCGACGAUAGAAGAUAUUUACUCAGCUAACAUCGAAACUGACAGAGGUACCAAAGAAAAGAUACAAUUUUAUGACACUGCUGGACUGGAGGGACUUCAGAGCAGUGCGAGUAAUCAACAACAGCAAUUAGCACGUCAUUAUCUUGGUUUCGCUGAUGGGUAUGUUCUAGUUUAUGAUACUGCCAAGCCAGAAUCGCUUGAUGUUCUUAUUCCUCUUAAAAAAGACAUUGACAAGAAUAAAGACAAGAAAGAAAUAGUUGUUAUUGUUGUUGGUAAUAAAACACGUGCGGACUCGAGUCAUGACAGUUUAGAAAAUACCGCCAGCAAAGCUGUCAAUUGGUGCACGCGCGAAAAAAUAAAACACUUUGAGGUAAAUGUGUUAGAUAGAAAUAGUUUGUAUGAGGCAUUUAUUUAUUUGUCGUCAAAAUUAAAUCCUGUACAGAACAAAAGUACGUUUCCGCAGCUUAGUAUGGGAAGAAAAAAUGUCAAAACUGAAAGCACAUGAUUUUUUUUUUAUUACUUAUCAGACCACUCGCGUUGUGUUAAGAUUUCAAAUCAAUAGAUCUGACAGUGAAUGAUUUUUCAAUUAAAUCAAUAGAUCUGAUUAAUUUAUUGCAUUAAAUGACAAAAUAAAAUGUACCAGUGAUUAAAUACUUGGACACUUAGUGAUCGUUAAUAGUCUUGUCAAUAUAAAUUAUUUAAUAUCAUAAAGCAAUAAAAUUUAUAGUCAUGCAUGUUUAGAAAUUUUUUAAAUUUAAUGGAGUAAUUGAUUAUAAAAAAAAUAAUUUAUUAGUUUAAACUUCAAGGUUGUGUUUAUUUUAUAUAUUUUAUAUUUUUAUGAUACUUUGUAAUAAAGUUUAUUUAUAACAUUCAAUUUAUCAAGCGCAUAAAAAUUUUAUAAAUUUAAAUAAUCUCUUGGCAUCAAAAAGUGUCAUUGAUAAAUUGAAGCAUUUAAUUUAAAAGUUAAAUAGAGUACUUUUGUUUUUGUGUUAUCAUUCAAUUAUUUAUUUAAAGUUUUAUUGUCAUUUAUGGUAACUUGUAUUACUGGUACGUUUUUAUUUUUAAUUAUUUUUACGGCUAAGUACUUACAUUAGUUAAUAAAAAAUCUAAAGUGAGUUUCCACAACGAAUACAAUCAGUACAAAGUCUCAUGCAUUUAAGAUUUUAAAAGUUGCUCCUUGUAAAUUAUCAUUCUCACAAGUUAUUAUAUAUAUUUAUAACUGCAAUGACAACUAGGCAGAAUAGUGAUAGUUUUCUUUUCUUACGACAAUUGUACUUAAUUAUUUAACUUAAUCGAUUAUUGAAUAUGUUAAUGUCUAAAAGCAAUGAAAUGACUCAGUGUGCAUUUAAAAAAAAUAUUUACUUAGACAAUACAUAAGUUAUCAUUCUUAUUUAUCAUAUUAUUUAAAUAUCUCAUGUUUAAAAACCAAUAAACACGUAAAAAAAAAUAUAGUUAUUUGUUUCACAAUAAAUAUUAUCGUUUAUUAUUAAAUAUCUUGAAAUUAACAGACAAUUAACAAUUUUCGGAUUUUAUUUUUUAAUGAACUAAUCACAAAAAAAAAAAAAAAAACUAAAAAAAUGCACAUGUAGAAAAUGAAAAAAAUUAGAGGUGCAAUUUUUAAAAAUAUUUUUUGUUUAUAAUUUAUCGUUUUUAAAAAUAUCCGAAAAUUAUUAACCGUUGGCUAAUUUCAUUGUCGUUUGUUAAAAAUAAAUUACCAAAUAAUGGCCUUUUUUAACUGCCUUAAUAUUAUCAGUGUUUUGAAGACGUAAUCCCACAAUUUGUUGCUUAUACCAAAACCUAUUUGUCAAUAAAUAUAAUUAAUAAUUUAAUGUCAAUCAAAUUAUGAAAGUGUAUUUUUAAAAUUAUUUACCUGCGUCGUGGUGGGAGAAAUGAUGGUAGUUGUGGUAUCUCUUCAUGUCGCCUAGAUAACUUCGGAAACUUGGUGUUCCAUGA